CUCUGCGCAGGAGGACAAAUGGUGAAGGCAAACAGGGUCAGGGCCCCGCAGCAAGGGGCAGAGGGGCCUUUUGCUCCUGAGGGGACACACGGUCCUGUUACACAUGAGGACAGCCCCAGGAGGGAUGUGGUGCCAUGCCAUCCCAUGGCUCUUUGCUCCAGGACCCAGCCAGCCACCUCGCUCCGGGGUGUGCAAUGUGUCCAUGUGCCCCGCAGCCACCAUUCUGAGCCCCAGUACAUCCCCUUUUUGCCCCUAUUGCUCUGAGCAUCCUCCUGCAUCCUCCCUGGGUGCAGGGAGGAGGGGGCAAUCACUGCUGCUCAGGGAGAGCAGCCCUUGGAACACGGCAGCUCUGCAGUUCCAGGGCUCAGCUCUGCAGGAAGGGACUUGGAUUUUCCACUGCUGGCGCACAUCUUCCUCCAGCAGAGGAAGCGCUCCUGGCAGCCUGGCAGUGCCUUGUUGUGGCGUCAGGGCCAGUGGCCAUGUCCCCAUCCUGCCCUGUGGUGGCACACAGGGUAACAGCCCUGGGGACAAGGGGCUGCAGGGAGCCUGGCCACCUCCAUCCCGGCAAUGCAGCGCGUCCCCUGGUCAAACACCACUGCGCCCAUCAUGGAAGAAAUCUGGUGCCAGCAGCCCAAGGGCCACCCCUCUCCCUGCCCCAUCCCAUUUCCUGUGCCCCUUGUGCCACUCGGUGCGACCUACUGGUGGCUGAGACCACGCAGGGCUGAGGACACACUGGGGACACUGCAUGUGGCACCUCUCCAGGGGCUGUGGCAUAGGGAGCACUCCCCAUGGCCUGGUCACCACUCCAUGCCAUGGUUUGGUACAACUGGCGGCACAACCGGGACAGGUCACCGUGUGCCCACGAGGUGCCCUUUGCUUGGGGCCACGCACCGGAGUGCAGCCAGGCCAGCAGCCAGCUGUGGGGGGAAUCGUGAUUUACACGGCCGGGCUGGGGCUGGACUCUGGCCGCCUGCCUGGCCCGAGCUGGGGGCCGGCUGGGGGUGGGCUCCAACACCAGCCCCUCCCCGGCCGUAUAAAUCACGAUUCCCCCUGCAGCCGUCCGUCCCAGCCCCGCUCGGACGCAGGAGCGGAGCAGCAGCAGCGUGUCAGCGGGGGAAGGCUGCCCGCAGCCCGGGGGCUGCCCGCAGCGGGGCGGGGGGCUCCGGCCAUGGCUUUCACCAUGCUGCGCCCCGUGGCCGCCCGCGUGCUCUACCCCGACAUCGGCAUGCUGUCGGAGGACGAGGAGAACCGCAGCGAGAGCGACACGUCGGACCAGUCCUACGGCUGCUGCGAGGGCGCGGAGGCACGGCGCAAGGUGCCCAGGAAGACGGGGCCCAUGGUGAUGGUGAAGCAGCGGCAGGCGGCCAACGCGCGCGAGCGGGAUCGGACCCAGAGCGUCAACACCGCCUUCACGGCCCUGCGGACCCUCAUCCCCACCGAGCCCGUGGAUCGGAAGCUGUCCAAGAUCGAGACGCUGCGCCUGGCCUCCAGCUACAUCUCGCACCUGGCCAACGUGUUGCUGCUGGGCGAGGGCUGCGAGGACGGGCAGCCCUGCUUCAGUGCCAUCUACGGGGCCAAGGGCGAUCUGGACAGCAAACAGCCCCGCAGCAUCUGCACCUUCUGCCUCAGCAACCAGCGGAAAGGGGGCGGCCGCAGGGACCUCGGGGGCAACUGCCUGAAGGUGAGGGGGGUGACCCCACUGCGGGUGGCGCGGAGAUGAGCCGGGGCCACCAGCACCCACAGGAGAACGGCGGCAGAGCCUGUCACAGCCAGACCCAGAGACCUCAGCGGGAGGGAGGGAGCUGCCCACCAGCCACAGGCGAUGGGGCACAGCAGGGCCGGGGGCUGGCACCGCACCGACGCCGGCACCGGCACCAGCACCGCAGCGAGAGGACGCUACUAGGGCUGGGAGAAGGGGUCCCGCGCCCCCAGGACGGUCCGAUGGGGUGGGCCAGGAUGAGCAGCCCACACAUGGCCGGCGUCGAUGAGCUCGGGGGGGGGGAUGGUGGCACGGCCCUGCAGGCGUUGCUGGUGCACGUGCAGCCACUUGGAAAAUAAACCUUAUUUUUCUGACGGGCUGGUGCCUGCCUGCUGCUCCCACUGCAUGGCACGGGGUCCUCAACAUGGCCAUGUCCCAAUGUCCCUGCGCCUCUGUGCCAUGCUCAGGUCCCAGCCACGACACUGCCUACUCUCCCCAUGAGCGUGAGACCCCACGCACACGUGUCCCCAUGUCCCUAAGCCCUGCAGGCAGCUCUGCUCCUGUGAGGAUCUGGGCUACGGAGAGCUCCAAGCUGCGCAAUGGGGUGCAUGGGACACAUGGGAUGUAUGAGACAUAUGAGACAUAUUGCUGGCACUUGAGGUGCACACGAAGUGCAUUGGGGUUCAUCUCUGUUUCUGCACCUUCUUCGCUGCCUGGGAUGCUGUGACCACUGUGACUCCUGCUGCUGCCACCACUGCUGCCACUGUUGCCAUGGAUGGCCGCGCUCUGUAAGGCUGAAGUCAUGGGGUCAGGUGGGGACGUGGGGGUUCCCAGCCCGGCCCCCCUGCUCUCUGCAGGGAGCUGAGCCUGGGAAAGGUGCCGGGCUCGGGGGCGCACAGCUCCCAGGGGCCCCCUCGUCCCAUGGAGCUGAAACAGCUGUGGAUGAGGCAGCCUGGGGCUGUUGGUGUGCCCCCCCCAGGGCUGCGAGCUGAACCUGCUGGGGUUCUCCAGGGAGAGAUCCCACUGCAGGAGGGAAGCAUGGGGCCCUGGUGCCAUCCUCUCACCUGCCCUGGGGAUGAGGCGAUGCUGGGACCCCUUGGCCCCCCGUGUGGCCAGGCCACGCUGGCCCCCAGCCCCCCUUUCCCUCGGGUUUGAUUUAUGGAUCUGACAGCACAGCGCAGCUGUGAGAGCGAGUCCCAGGCAGGGACCGGGGUGGGUGGGAGAGGUUUGUUCUCAGCGUGUCUAAUGUGUCCCAGACCCCAAUAAACAGCCGUGAGAUUCUCCAAACAUCCCCAGACACAGAAUCCCUGCCCUUGGGUUUAUCGGGGGGCAGGGGCUGGGGGUGAGGGCUUUGCUCUGCAAACAGCCUGACCCGCAGAUGAAAGG